AAAGUCUCUGAAAUGUAUCUUUCUUGGUUACUCUCGACUUCAAAAAGGGUAUAAGUGUUUUUCCCCCAUGCUUAAUCGACACAUCGUAUCACGAUACGUUACAUUCCAUGAGAAUAUACUCUUCUUUUCAAUGUCCACUCCUUGCAACCCAAGAGAUAGUGAUACCAUACCUGUUCCCGAGUCUACUACCACAUCCGACUCGACACAGACCCAAGAGCCUACUAAACCGCCGAUAGUUCAUGUAUAUAAUAGGCGGCAACGACCUACAUCAGAUCCCGACCCAACACCAUCUUCAUCAUCGUCUGCAGAUCCGCCUAAUGAGGAUCCUCUUGCUUCGAGUGAUCCACCAUCUUUCGAUACACAUGUUCCUGAUCUUGAUGUUCCCAUUGCCCUUCGGAAAGGUAAGCGCUCAUGUACUUACCCUGUUUCUUCUGUUGUUUCCUAUGAUAAACUUUCUUCACGUUCUCGUUCUUUGAUCUUAACACUUGAUUCUUUAUUUGUUCCUAAAGCGGUUGGUGAAGCUUUGGCCCAUCCUGGAUGGCAGGAUGCUAUGAUUGAUGAGGUGAAUGCUCCCGAUCAUAAUGAUACAUGAGAUUUGGUAGAGUUACCUGCAGACAAAAUUGGCUGUAAAUGGGUAUUCACUAUGAAAGUUAAUCCAAAUGGAUCUGUGGCUCGUUUGAAAUCCCGAUUGGUAGCCAAAGGAUAUGCUCAGACUUAUGGGGUCGACUACCACGAGACAUUUUCUCCUGUGGCUAAGCUAUGAUUUUCUCAUGCAGCGGCAACAAACUCAAGAGAUAGCUCCGAAGAAAGUGUUGGAUAUUGUUAAACGAUUAGAGGAAGGCCUGUUUAAAACUGCUACCUCGAAGGAGGAGUAUAUGAACUUGGAGACAUUGGAAACUCGUUUGCACGUUCUGAUCAAACGUCUCCCAUUGAAUAAUCACAAUCAACAAUAUCAGCAACAAGGUAAUACCUCUGUUGGUAUGGGAACAAUGAUUCCAACUCCUGGUGUAUCUCAAAGUGGGAGUUCAAGCUUAACUGCUCCAUCAUCUGUGGAUCAUUCAUUUCCAGCAAACAGUGGUAGUAACAUGGUCUCAGCCGUCAACACUGGAAACUUCAUUCCUAAUACUACUGGGCUUUCUGGUGGGAUGCACAGCGGUUCUUUCAGCUCAGCUGACGGAGGUUUGACUAAUGGAUAUCAGCAGUCAGCGUCCAAUUUCGCCAUAAGUUCAGGUGGGAACAGCUUGAUUUCAUCAAUGGGUGCACAAAGAAUGGCCAGCCAAAUGAUACCUACUCCUGGAUUUAAUAAUAAUAAUAAUAACAAUAAUGGCAAUAGCACAAGUAACCAGUCUUACAUGAAUGUGGAUUCAUCUAAUAAUGUUGUUGGGCUUUCGAGCGUGGACUCUGCAAUAGUGUCUCAGCCACUGCAACAGAAGCAGCAAGUAGGUGGCCAAAAUAGUCGCAUCUUGCAUAGCCUUGGUAGUCAUAUGGGUGGUGGGGGAAUCAGGUCUAGUUUGCAUCAGAAAGCUUAUGGGUUUCCAAAUGGAUCACUAAACAGUGGUGUAGGGAUGAUGAAUAACAAUUUACAGAUGAUGAAUGGUUCGGGAACCUCUGAGGGAUACCUGACAGCUUCUCAAUAUGGAAACUCCCCCAAACCAUUGCCACAACAUUUUGAUCCACAUCAGCGACAGAUGUCACAUGAGUGCUUGUACUUCACAGGUGAUGGAUAUGGAAGUGGUACCAUUGAUUCUUCAGGCUCAGGGAACUUCUAUGGUGCUACAACCUCCGGCUCAUCAUUGAUGAAUAAUCAGAACAUGAACCCAGUAAGCUUGCAGGCAUUACACAAAACAAGCUCUCCAUUGAUGAUAAAUCAGUCGAACUUGCACAAUAGUCAGCAAACUGUGAGCAUGAAACCUUCAUUAGAUCAAUCGGAAAAGUUGGAUUUCCAGUAUCAGCCUUCACCACGCGAUAAUGCUUUGCAAUCCCAGCAACCUCUUCAUUUCCAGCAACAACUUCUUCAGCAUCACCAUCAACAGAACCAGCAGAGUCAGCAGACUCAGCGUCUAUCAUAUGGACAGUCUCAACUGAUAUCUGAUCCUGGCAGUCGAAUAAAAUCUGAGACCGGAAUGGAGUCUCAGAAUGAAGUUCUGCAGCCACAAGUCUCUGAACAAUUCCCGUCAUCUAGGACAAACAAUAACUUCCAUCAGAUCUCUGGAGAAAACCAUAGCAGAGCUAGUCAGACGUCUCAGGAUAUGUGCUUACCAAUCGCAGAAACUUCCCAGCAGAUGCAACAACUAAUGCAACAACAUCAAUUUGUUGUGGACUCUCAGAAUGAUCUUACUUGUUCAAUAGGAGUUCAACCAGAGGCAGUACUGCAGGGUCAAUGGAAUUCAAGAUCUCAAGAAUCAUCUCAUGUAAUGGGUAACAUAUCUUACGAUCCAAAUGUUCAAGAGGAAUUUCAUCAAAGAAUAGCAGGGCAAGAUCAAGCUCAGAGGAAUAAUCUAUCUUCAGAAGGAUCUACUAUCUAUCAAACUGCUGGUAAUAGAACAGUAGACCCACCAAACUCUGGGGAUAUAAGUAGAACUGCUAAAUCAAACCGUGAGUUGCAGUACAGGAAUCAACAAAGGUGGCUGUUGUUUCUGCGGCAUGCUCGUAAAUGUGUUCAUCCACCUGGGAAAUGCCCAGAACCCAAUUGCAUAACUGCUCAAAAGUUGUGGAACCAUAUCACAUCAUGCAAGGAUGUCGUUCAAUGUCCGUAUCCUCGUUGCCGUGGGACGAAACACUUACUUCUUCAUCACAAGACUUGUAGGGAUUCAAGUUGUCCAGUUUGUGUCCCUGUAAAACAGUUUAUGCAACUGAAAGGUGGUCCUCGUACACAUUCUAAUUCUGGCCUUCCGCGCACAUGCAAAGAAUCCUCUGAAUAUCGAAGUGAUGCUGCUGGCAGAUAUAUUAUGAAGACUAGUCCAUCUGUGGCUGAAACGUCAGAAGAUUUACAUCCAUCCAUGAAACGGAUGAAGAUUGAGCAGCAAUCACAAUCACUAGCUACCGAAAAUGAAAACUCUGGCAUACAAGUUCCCAUCACUAGUGCCUUAGAAGUUCUUCAGGAUGCACGGGAUGAAGAACCUCAAGUUGGUGACGUUUGUGUUCCAAUAAAGUCUGAACUCACCGGAGUAAAGACAGACGUUCCCGUGAGUUCUGUGCAAGGAUUCCCCAAGAUAAGUGAGGUGAAGAAGGAUUGUAUUGAAGACUCCUGCAUCCAAAAGUCUGAAAGCGUUUCAAUUGUGUCAAAUAAGGCUGUUGGUUUCGGUAAGGAGUUUGUUAAGACUGAGAAAGAGGUGGUCCAGGAAAGUGCUGCACCGCCUGCUGAAACUUCUGCCGGAACCAAGUCUGGUAAGCCAAAAAUUAAGGGAGUCUCGAUGACAGAAUUGUUUACGCCAGAGCAGGUUCGGGAGCAUAUCACCGGUCUCAGACAGUGGGUAGGCCAGAGCAAAGCAAAGGCAGAAAAGAAUCAAGCUAUGGAGAACUCAAUGAGUGAGAACUCUUGUCAGCUAUGUGCGGUCGAAAAGCUCACUUUUGAACCGCCACCUAUAUAUUGCACACCUUGUGGUGCUCGCAUUAAGAGAAAUGCAAUGUUCUACACCAUUGGGACCGGUGAUACACGCCAUUACUUCUGUAUUCCCUGCUAUAAUGAGGUCCGCGGAGACACAAUCAAUGUUGAUGGAACUAAUAUUUUGAAGGCAAGAAUGGAGAAAAAGAAAAACGAUGAGGAAACUGAAGAAUGGUGGGUUCAAUGUGACAAGUGUGAAGCUUGGCAACACCAAAUCUGUGCGUUAUUUAAUGGUCGAAGAAAUGAUGGAGGACAAGCAGAGUACACUUGUCCAAAUUGUUACAUAGAAGAAGUGGAAAGAGGAGAAAGAACUCCCCUACCACAGAGUGCUGUUCUUGGUGCGAAAGAUUUGCCUCGCACAAUACUCAGUGAUCACAUAGAGAAUCGCUUGUUUAAGAGACUGAAACAAGAAAGAAUGGAGAGGGCUAGGUUCCAUGGGAAAAGUUAUGAUGAGGUUCCUGGAGCAGAAUCACUUGUUGUCAGAGUUGUCUCAUCUGUGGACAAAAAAUUGGAGGUCAAGCAGAGAUUUCUAGAAAUAUUUCAAGAGGAAAAUUAUCCAAAGGAAUUUGGGUAUAAAUCGAAGGUAGUUUUGUUGUUCCAGAAAAUUGAAGGAGUAGAAGUAUGUCUGUUUGGCAUGUAUGUCCAAGAAUUUGGAACAGAAUGUCAACAACCAAAUCAUCGCCGUGUUUAUCUCUCUUAUUUGGAUUCCGUUAAGUACUUCAGGCCUGAGAUUAAAGCUGUGACAGGGGAGGCGCUCCGUACGUUUGUGUAUCAUGAAAUUCUGAUUGGUUACCUAGAAUACUGCAAAUUACGUGGUUUCACAAGUUGCUAUAUAUGGGCCUGCCCUCCGUUAAAGGGUGAAGACUAUAUCUUGUAUUGCCAUCCUGAAAUUCAGAAGACACCGAAGUCCGAUAAAUUAAGGGAAUGGUAUUUGGCGAUGUUAAGAAAGGCUACAAAGGAAAAUAUUGUAGCUGAGCUUACUAAUCUAUAUGACCAUUUCUUUAUAUCAUCUGGUGAGUGUAAAGCUAAGGUAACUGCAGCUCGAUUGCCAUAUUUCGAUGGUGACUAUUGGCCAGGUGCUGCUGAGGAUAUAAUUUAUCAGAUUCGUCAAGAAGAGGAGGGAAGAAAACAAAACAAAAAAGGGUCAAUUAAGAAGACAAUAACGAAAAGAGCUCUGAAAGCCUCUGGUCAAACCGAUCUUUCUGGGAAUGCAUCCAAAGAUCUUCUACUGAUGCAUAAGCUUGGUGAAACGAUUUCUCCAAUGAAGGAAGAUUUCAUUAUGGUUCACCUGCAACCUGCAUGCACUCAUUGCUGUCUUUUAAUGGUAUCUGGAACGCGUUGGGUUUGCAAUCAGUGCAAUAAUUUUCAGCUUUGUGAUAGGUGUCAUGAAAUCGAACAAAAGCUUGAGGAGAGGGAGAGACAUCCUAUUAAUCAUAGGGAGAAACAUCCACUAUAUCCUAUCGAGAUCAAUGAUAUCCCUACAGAUACCAAAGAUAAAGAUGAUAUUCUAGAGAGCGAGUUUUUUGAUACCAGACAGGCUUUUCUGAGUCUUUGCCAAGGAAAUCAUUAUCAAUACGACACCCUUCGUCGGGCUAAGCAUUCCUCCAUGAUGGUGUUGUAUCAUCUUCACAAUCCCACCGCCCCCGCAUUUGUGACAACAUGCAAUAGAUGUCACCUUGAUAUAGAAACCGGGCAAGGUUGGCGCUGUGAGGUUUGCCCCGAUUAUGAUGUGUGCAAUUCCUGCUAUUACAAGGAUGGAGGAAUCGAUCAUCCUCAUAAGUUGACAAAUCAUCCGUCGAUUGCUGAGCGUGAUGCACAAAAUAAAGAAGCGCGCCAACUGCGUGUUUUACAGCUUAGGAAAAUGCUUGAUCUCCUGGUGCAUGCAUCUCAGUGUCGGUCUCCACUUUGUCAGUAUCCAAACUGUCGCAAGGUGAAGGGACUUUUCCGGCACGGGAUUAAUUGCAAAGUACGUGCUUCUGGUGGUUGUGUUCUUUGCAAGAAAAUGUGGUAUCUCCUUCAACUUCAUGCUCGAGCUUGUAAAGAAUCUAAAUGUCACGUGCCACGAUGCAGAGAUCUAAACGAACAUUUGAGAAGGCUGCAACAACAGUCUGACAGCCGUCGUAGGGCCGCUGUUAUGGAGAUGAUGAGGCAACGUGCUGCCGAGGUUGCUGGCAGCACCUGAUGACGAAGCUGUAAAUAUGCACAUCAGUCUGGCAUUUUGGUCACGAGUUCCGCUUGCAAUGUUGUACCCAUAAUGUGUUUGAAUGAGAAUCAAAACUUCACAAGUAUAUUUUCCGAUGGAUGAACAUGAACAACUAUGACAAAGAGAAACGGCAAUCGCUAGACAUAGAAGAGUGAUUGUUCAUAUUACGUCAUCAAGUGUUCAUACGACCUGCCCUGCCCUUGGCUUCAAUGACUAAUCAUGUUAAUCAUGUAUGGGUGAUCGCUGAAGUCUGUUUUUUUGUGGGGUUAGUCUAUAUCUGUUGUAUCUGGUCUACAAGGAUGUCCAUCUCCUUACUUGUUAGGUGUAAUGCUACAGAGUUCCGAUAUCUCGUUUGUUGUUAUAAUCAUGGUGUGGCAAAGUGUAACUAUAUGCAUCUUUUUUUUCUCCAAAUUUUAUGCCUUUUUCUGUCUUCUUGUGGAAACUCCUCCCCUUUUCCAUGGGAUAGUUUAAUGGGGACUACAUGAUGUUAGUUAAAGUACAUGA